AUGCCAUCAUCUCCAUCUCCAUCUCCUCAUACCUCAGAAGGUGCUACGAUCGAAAACUUGGGCCGGAAUUCUCUGUUAGAAGGCGACAACUUGGAAACAUCCGACACCACAAGCCCCUAUCUCCAGGGUUGGAGACUGGCUGUUGUGAUCACUUCACUCACUCUUGGUAUCUUUCUCAUUGCUCUCGAUACAACCAUUAUUGGCGUCGCUAUCCCAAAGAUCACGUCGGAUUUUCGAAAUCUAGAUGAUAUCGCUUGGUUUGGAAGUGCCUACCUAUUGACGGUGACAGCAUUCCAGCCAUCCUUUGGUACUCUAUACAAAUUCUUCAAUGCGAAAUAUGUCUACUUGAUCUCCAUCCUCAUAUUUGAAGUCGGAUCCAUCCUUUGUGCUGCCGCACUCAACUCUUCCAUGUUCAUACUCGGCCGUGCGAUCUCAGGGCUAGGAGCUGCAGGUCUCUAUCAAGGAGCUCUAGGUAUAGUAGGGUAUACUGUUGUCCUAGAGAAACGGCCACUGUACUUUGGGAUCGUCGUCAGUUCCUUUGCAAUCAGCGGGUGCAUUGGGCCUAUAAUAGGUGGCGUGCUAACUGACCACGUAUCUUGGCGAUGGUGCUUCUGGAUAAACGUCCCUAUCGGUGCGGUCGUUCUGGUGGUUGUAACAAUCUUCCUAAAUCUCAAAAGCUCGAACAUUGAGAAUGCUGCAUUGCCACUUAAAUCAAAAAUGAAGUACGUUGACGGGGCGGGGACUCUUACAUUCAUAGGAGCAAUAACAUCCUUGCUGCUAGCUCUUCAAUGGGGUGGUCAAAGUCUGCCUUGGAGCUCGCCAAAAAUCAUUGGUUUACUUGUUGCGUUUGGCGGCUUAGCUUUCAUUUUCGCUAUUAUACAAUGGAAGCGUGGAGAAUGUGCUAUAAUCCCAUUACGGGUUGUUUGUCAGCGAUCCGUUUCCAUGGUUAUAUGUUUGUUAUUUUUCGUUGGGCUAACGAUAACUGUUCUUUCGUAUUAUAUUCCAAUAUAUUUCCAGGCAGUUCGAGGGCUAUCUGCAACUGCGAGUGGCAUUCGGUUUAUUUCAAUGAUCGUACCUCAGACAGUAUGUCUGAUCGUAGUUGGAGCAUUCGCCUCUAUAUGGGGAUAUUAUGCCCCCUAUAUUAUAGCUGGAACGACAAUUUGUACUGUCGGCUGCGGGCUUUUGACAACGAUUGGACUUGGAACGACUACAGUACAAUGGGCAGCUUUCAUAGCCAUCAUAGGAAUUGGAUUUGGGGGAGCAUUGCAGUUACCUUAUACAGCCCUUCAAUUGGUUUUAAGCGAGAAUGACCUCCCAACAGGAAAUGCAAUUGCCGUGUUUUCUUCGCAAUUAGGAGGUGCUGUAGGGCUUGCUAUAGGGCAGGUAUUACUACUUACAAAUCUUCAAACAAAUAUUCCUCGCCUUGCACCAUCAAUAUCCCCUGAUGCUGUCAUACAAGCUGGCGCUUCGAAUCUCAAUCUUCUCACGGCAGAUCCCGAAGUGUUGAUUUCAAUACGUGGUGCAUGGUCAAGUGCUGUACAUGCGGUGUUUGUGCUCGCUCUAGUAGCUUCAGCCCUCUCCGUUCCCUUUUCCUUUGGAAUUGAACAUCUGAAUGUGCAUGUUGUUGCAAAGAAGAGGAAAGAAGCCCAGUAG